AAAUCCAAUAGCUUCCACCACCUCUCCCUCCAAAAAAAAAAAACAAAACAAAACCCCAAACAAAAUAAAUAAAAGGCAUCCAUGAAGGCGAAUAUUUCAGGUGCGAUGUUGGUGGUGGUUUGGCUGAGCGUGGCGGCGGCGGCGGAGGCGAUCAGGCCGGGGAAGCCGGACAUGGGCCUAAUCGAACAAACGUGCAGCCAAACGCAGCACCCGGGGCUGUGCCUGAGCUCGCUGAAGUCGGACCCGAACAGCUUCCCGGCGGACAAGACGGGGCUGGCGCUGGUGGCGCUGCGGCUGGUGUCGUCCAACGCGUCCGACAUAUCGGAAGGGAUCAAGGUGAUGCUGAACGACACUCGGCUGGCGGACCAGCCCGGGGUCCAGCAGGGCCUCUACGAUUGCCUCGACGAGUACCUGGACGCGUCACAGCAGCUCGACGACUCCAUCGCCGCCCUCCUCGUCAAGGCCUACGGUGACGUGGACAAGUGGGUCAACGCCGCCGUCGCCGCCGUCCGCACGUGCGAGGCCUCCUUCAGCGUCAAGCCCUCCGUCCUCACCCCGAGGAACGACAACUUCAUUAAGCUCUGUCAGAACGCCUUGACCAUCGCCCACAUUGCUGAAACUGAAAAUUAAAUUCAUCUCAUCGAUCGUCGUCAUCUGUUUGGGGAUUUUUCUUUUUUUUUUUAAUAAUUUUUUUCUUUUUUCUUUUGGUUUGAGUUGAGAUCUUCGAGUCCUCGGUCGCUGGGUUUAGGAGAGGGAGAUGUGUUUGGGGUUGGGUGAACAGAACUAGAAACAACAAAAAAAAAAAAAAAGGCUAUGUUUUGUGUUAUGUCAUCUCAGAUAUUCUUUCGUUUUUAAUUAUGUGUUGUUACGAAAGCUGCAAUGAUCCAUGCGUACUAUGCCCAUCUCCACUUUAUUGUAAAUAAAAAGCCUGCAGACUCUAUAAUCUCAUCUUUUUGUU